AUGACGCGCGCACAGCAAACUAUCUCUAUUGGCUUACUCGUCACUUCGUUAUACCUGGCAGUUUACUUGGAGUUAAUACCUCUUCCUGGAAAGGUUUCUGAGGAGGUUAUUCCUGUGUUGCCAUUCUGGGUGUUGGUUUCGUUUGGAGCGUAUCUUUUGGGGAAGUUGGGCUAUGGCGUUUUUACGUUCAACGAUGUGCCAAAGGCGCAUGCGGAAUUGAUGGAGGAGAUUGAGUUGGCGAGGAAGGAUCUCAGAACGAAAGGUGUGGAUGUCGAUUAG